AUGGCCGACUACUACCACGGCGGCAGGGCCAUGUACUCCAACACCGACGACGAGUGCUACGACGCCGGCAGGCACGGCGGCAGCAUGAGGGCCUACUCGCGCACCGACGAGUACUACGACAACGUGCAGGACGACCGCAUCAGGAGGCCCGCCGCGUACGCCAACGACGACUGCGGCUACGGCGGCAGGCAGACCGCCGUGUACAACGACGAGUACUCCCGCGGCGGCUAUGGCGGCUACGGCGGCGAGCAGGAGCACUUCAAGAGGGAGGAGAAGGAGCACAAGCACAAGGAGCGCCUCGGCGAGGUGGGCGCCCUCGCCGGCGGCGCCUUUGCCCUGUACGAGGGGCACCGUGCGAAGAAGGACCCGGCGAACGCGCAGAGGCACAAGAUCGAGGCCGGCGUGGCGGCGGCGGCGGCGCUGGGCGCCGGCGGCUACGCGUACCACGAGCACCGCGAGCAGAAGGAGGCCCACUACGAGACCAAGCAGCAGGAGCACAGGGUGCCGCACGGCUACUACAGCAACUGA